AAUCAAACUAUUUUUUACUAUGUUUUUGAGUUAUUUCUUUUUUGGUCCCCUAUCAAAUAACAGGGAACCCCAUUUUCAGUUGCAUUACAUUGCAAUAGAAAUGGCUAAUUAAGCAUCUGUGUAUUUGAUGUGUAAGGUUUUAGCAAGUCUCCUAAUGAAUAGCAUGAUUGUUGAGAAGAAUGUAUUUGAUGACAUAAGGGAUAAUCUUUCCAGUAUGAAGACCAUACUCUUUUGGAAAAUUAAGUCCAUGAACAUGUCCUUCUUGGAACUAGUUAAAGUUGGUAAACAGGCCCUCUCCUAAUUUAUACAAUCCAUCCCAAUCCUUUCUUCCCUUUCACUAAACCUAUGCCCUUAAUGUCCUUGAAUAGGAAAUACAUAUGUGCUACUUGCUUGCUUGAUUGAAUAUCAGAUCUGAGAACUUCAGAGGCCAUAUCAUCUAAUUGUACCUGAUCAAGAAUCUCCCCUUUAACAUACCUGAUGAGUAUGUAUCCAACCUAGUUCUUCAUGUCUGAUUUCUUGAUUUUCUGCUUUUCAUUCUCAUAUCCUUCAUUUUUCCAAGCAGGAAGUCAACUGUUGGUAGAAGCAAUAUUUGUAUCACUCAGUCCUACUUUUUUGAGGAAAGACCAAACAAAUUAAAGGAAAAGAGGGCAUAUUUACAUUUCAUAUUUUUUCCUCUUGGUGAUCACAGGACUGGGAAUUUAAUUCUCCAAAACAGAUAAUCAAUUUCAUUGGGAGAAAUGUUUGGUGCUAUUGUCAUUUUUCAUUAUGUAAAAAUCAGAUAUUACCCAUAGAAUGAUAUUAUAUGUCAUAAUUCCAACCAGGAAAUUGAUAAAAAUUUCAACUUUUAACUAUUUUUUAGGAACAACCUACAGAAGAUGAAAAAUGAACAGAGCAUGGAAGUCAAUGAUAGCUCAGGAGGAUACUUCAUCUUAAUGGGUUUUUCUGACCGACCUCAGCUAGAAUUGGUACUUUCAUUAUUUUUCUUUGUGUUGUACACCAUUACAUUGAUGGGCAAUAUGACCAUUAUCAUUUUAUCUUUUCUGGACUCUCGGCUCCACACACCUAUGUACUUCUUCCUCAGAAACCUCUCCUUCUUAGACAUCGGUUUCACUACUAGCGUUGUCCCCCAAAUGCUGAUUAACAUCUGGGGGCAUAAUAAAAGAAUCAGUUAUGUUGGCUGCUUGGUCCAAUACUCAGUAGCCUUGGCUCUUGGCUCUACUGAAUGUGUGCUCCUUGCUGUGAUGGCUGUGGACCGCUAUUUUGCUGUUUGUUGGCCCUUGCGCUAUGCCACUAUCAUGCAUCAACGUCUCUGCCAUCUCCUGGCAGCUACUUCUUGGUUCUCAGGCUUUGCUAAUUCAGUCCUCCAGUCAUCUUUGGCAAUGGUGUUGCCAUUAUGUGGCCACCGUCAGGUAGACCAUUUCAUUUGUGAACUACUUGUCAUUAUAAGUUUAUCUUGUGUGGACACUAGGUCAAUGGAAUCCAAAAUGUUCAUUGCUCGCUUGAUCAUUUUGGCCAUACCUGUCUCUAUCAUCCUCACCUCAUAUGCCCAUAUUGCUUGGGCAGUGGCAAAGAUCCGCUCAGCUGAGGGACAGAGGAAGGCUUUUGGGACCUGUGCCUCACACUUGAUGGUGGUUUCAUUGUACUUUGGGACUAUCAUGUUUAUGUAUCUUCAGCCCAAGAACAAUUAUUCCCAGGACCAAGGUAAGGUCCUUGCCCUUAUCUAUACCAUUAUAGCCCCCACCCUCAACCCUUUGAUAUAUACACUGAGAAAUAAAGAUAUUAAUAGGGCAAUGAAGAAAGUGAUGGGAAAUACCUAAGAGAGUAACUGAAGCUGGAAGUCUUUGGAUCACAGGUUCAUUAUCUUUAGAACUGAAUGGAACUUCUAUUCUCCCAACACUUUUUAUAGAUAAGAAAACUAGAACUCAGAGAGCUUAAGUGAUUUAUUGGAAGUAGCAUUGGACCCAGGUCUAACUGUAAGUGUGCUUUCCAUAGCAUCGUGCUACCUAUGUGAUAAAGGAUGAAAAAGUUUGCAAUUUGCAAAACUGUAAAAAACUGAGAAAUGCAAACCUAGGAAUGAGUGACAGUGGCAUGUGACCAAAGGUCACAUGGGAGCCAGAGACUGAGGGAUCUAGGUGAAAAUUCCACCUUUUCCAACUGACUGUCUUCUCUCCUGAGGAAGUUAAAUGAAAGCUUAAAAAGAUUUUCUUUGUGAUUAAACUGUGGAAGGAGCUUUUUCCCUGUUUCUGGCUGCUGGCAGCAUGUCUUACUUGGACAUCAGGACUUGCUUGGACAUCUAACAACAAAAGAUCCUGCCUCUAUUUGAUUUUGGACUCCUGCUGUGAGAAUUGGGGUAUUUGGUUAAGUUGUAUUUUAGUAACAUAGUUAAUAUAGUUUAGUUAGUUUUAAGAAUAAGAAUAAGUAUAUCCCUAUGCCCUUAUUCCUUUCCCUUCCCAAACAAUAAAACAGAUUUUUUAUAUGUUUUCCUCCUGUGUUUCCCUUAACCCAAAUCCUACCUUAACAUCUAUCAGUCAUCAUGAAUAAUCCAAGAGGGUAAUGCAAGGCUGGUCUGCCAUAAACUCCCUAGUGUUCAGUAACCUGGGUCACUUGACCAAGGUUGUCAGAUCCUGGCCAAAUAAGACAUAGGGAGGAGAGGAGGUACAAUUUUGGAGUAGUUUGAGAAAUCAGAAAUAAUUUUGGAGGUCAUCAACUGUGAUUCUGAUUAAAUGUAAAAUAAAGACAGAGCUGUCAUUGUUUCCCUUUUUCUUUUUAAAAAAAGUGUAAACCUUAAAAUUUCUUAGACUUAUGAAUGUUGGAAAUUUCCCUAUUGGGAAAUUUCAUACUUGAAAAAAUUUCCUACUGAUAGGAAGAACUCUAUUGGAAUGUGAAACUCCUUGGCAUGGGAGAAUCCUUCUCCUCCCUACUUAAGGUUACUUUAGGACAGAAACCUUUUGCUAAACAAUGGAAAGGGCUUUGACCUAUGCUUAAGCAUAGAACAGGAAGUUCUUUGAGUCAUGAUUGAUUUUAGAAUUGAUACAAUAGAGAUACUUGGAAUGACAGAACCAGGUCUUGGAAACUACAAUCUCCACCCUACUCAGAGUAACAGGAUUUAGGGAGGGCUGCAGCAAAGAUCAAGAUUUAAUUAUUUGAGAAUAUGACCUUCAACAGACAUGUGCAAAGGGGGCAAACCUCUGGGCAGUCCUGGGUUAAGCUAGAGCCACCAUUGGAAUAGGGGAGACAUCGACAGUGAUUGGUAGAUGUAAGAACUGAGGGGAGGGAACUGAGAUGGUUUCCUUAAAGAUAGCGGGGUCUGAGUAGGUCUGGAGAGAGGACUCUGAAGGCUCUGAAGGAGGACUGAGGAGGUUGCUCUGAAGGAGGACUGAGGAGAGGUUUUGCUCUGAAGGAGGUCUGAGAGGAGAGAGGUCCUGGAGGGAGGGCUCUUGGAGAGGUCUUGAAGGAGGCUGUGGAAGGAGAACUCAGGAGGAGUCAGGAGGAGAAUUCUCUGGAAACAUUUCUUGAAAGGAGGCUCUC